AUGACUGAUAGGGCGCACUACGACAAACUCAAGCAAGAGCUGAUGGAUGCCUUGGACCAACGACAGAAGCAGGAACGUCGAUGGGACCAACUUCAACAAGAAAUCUUCGAUAAAGAAACUGAAUACCUACAAGGUAACAGUUCUAGCCAGCUAGGAACUAUUGUCAAGGGCUUUGACGGUUUCGGAAAACAUUCGCAUGAGGCACCCGGGGCAUUUACAGACAAAGAUCGGAUUUUUUCGCUUAGUAGCGCUUUGUAUGUUAAACAACAAGAGGGUGCGGCCGAGGAGGAAUAG